GCAACCAUAUUUUAGUCGCGUUGUAUAAAUUUAUGUUAUCGCCCACUUGGGUUCUGCCUCUGCCUCCCAUCUCUCUCUCUCUCUGAUUGUCUCGCCAGACUUUCGACCUGCCUUCUCCUCCUCCUCCUCCUCCUGUCUCUCUCUCUCUCUCUAGCUCUUCAGCCUCCCCGUCCUUGUUCGUGCCAUUGUUGAUGAACAAAUCCUCAGAAACAAACCAUUGAUUUCUGACAACAAUUUUGACUCGGUUCUUCAUUGGGGUUGUAUCCAAAAAGGAGAUGUUAAUGCUGUGAGUUGGUAGUCCGAGAGGUCGAAUUUUUCACCGGAUGAUGAUGAGGUACCUGAGAGUGAGCCCAGAUUGCGUUCCUCUGAGCAAUGGCAAGAAACCAACCGUGAGAACCAUAUCCAAAGACGACGGGAUUACAGACACCGUGACAACAAACAGUAUAGUCACAUCUCUAGAACCCACCAAACCCUUCAGAUUCCGAUCCCAACCCACGCCUCAAGACCCGACCCAAUCCCAAUUCGGAACCCGACCCACUUCCCCAGACGGCGAAAUCCACCACCAGACCCAGCAGCGGCUGGACAAGAGUCCCAGCCGGACUCCCAGCCCAAUCCGCGGAGCCGGCGAUGUGCUGCUACAGUGGGGCCAGAGAAAGAGGUCGAGAGUCUCCAGGACUGAGAUCCGAGCUGUCACCGAUGAGUCCUCUUCGUCGGCCCAAGCAAGGCAGGCUUCAAAGCUGCAGAGGAGAGACAAGUCCAUGCCGCCUCCGCCGCCCCCGCCGCCCCUUCCGUCUUCUUCCUCCACUACGUCGUCGUUUUCUAAUGGCAGCAGACCGAGAAAGGAAGCCUCCGGGUCGCUUCCUAGCAGGAAUUUGGAAGAUCGAUCUGCCGAGGUUAAUGGGUCGCCAUCGAGAAACCCUACUGGUGGCAGCAACGGCCGAGCCGCUUCUAGAUCUACGGCGGGUAAACGAUCUCCUCCGCCGGAGAAAAAUGAGAGAAAGGUGCCAGCUUGCUCAGGCAGGUCAUCAGCAGCAGCCAAAAAUGACAGCAAGCCAAAUGGAGCUCAAGCUGAUUCUACUUUGUUGCAAUCGGAUCAAUUAGCGGCUGGUUCGGGAGCGGCGGCUAAUUGUGGUGCCGCUGCCGCAGCGGAGAAGGUGAACUACGAAGUGGUGGAGUGGCCGAGAAUUUAUAUUGCUUUGUCGAGGAAGGAGAAGGAAGAUGAUUUCCUUGCAAUGAAAGGCACAAAGCUCCCUCAGAGACCCAAAAAAAGGGCCAAAAAUAUUGAUAGAACUCUGCAGUAUUGUUUUCCAGGGAUGUGGCUAUCUGACUUGACAAGGAAUCGAUAUGAGGUCAGGGAGAAGAAAUGUGUGAAGAAGCAAAAGAGAAGGGGACUCAAGGGAAUGGACAGCAUCGACAGUGAUUCCGAGUAGCCAUCUUUUUAUUUUCAUUCCCCUAAAUUGUAUAAUUAUUCAAAAUUAUUAUAGAAAAGAAAAACAUUAAGUGUGAGAAAUUCAAAAAUCAAAUACUGUUACCCGGGUCUGGGAGUAAGGGCCCACGCACUACCUUUUCGUAGUCCACCUGCCGUCGAUGUCGAUGAUGAUGGUUUUUGUCAUUUGGAGGAUCAACGGCUGAGAUGUUCUUCUUGAGCUCUUAGGGGUAGUUAUGAGAUUUUAGACUUUGGGGUGAGGGCAUUUUGGUCAGCAAAGGUCACUGACUGGAAAAGUGAGAAGCGUACGUGCCUUUUUGACUCGGUCUGUCUGUGACUCAGUGGACGCCACCCAACUCGGCAAUUAGAUAAACUAGAAUUUUCUUUUUCUUUCUCAAAUGUGUUUUUUAUUUUUAUCUUUAUUUUAUUUAAAUUUAUUGGUUUCUGGCAUCGAUUAAUUGAUGUUGGCUAUAAAUAUCUUCUGUAUUUCUCCCUUCAAUAACAAAGCAGUUUCACU